AUAGAUCAGCAUUUUAAAGACAAUCUCCCCAAUUCCGCGCCAUGCAAGUGUAAUUUUAAAAACAAAAUUCAGAUAAAUAGUGCUACACUAUAUAUAAGAAAAUAUAAAUAAACAAAAAAGCGCAAACAAUGGCCACCUCAACGCUGCAAUCUCCGUCGCCGUCACCAUCAUCCGCCCCCGUUUCGACCAAGAAUCCGCAGCUGAAGCGCGUCGUCUACUCCAAGUAUCGGGAACUUCUCGGUUCUUAUAAUGAUAAGGCCAAUGCCAUCAUCGACACUCUGCCCGCCUAUAUGGUUCGUCAGGAUCGCGGGUUCCAGCUGUCAGAGCUGCCCGUGAAUGGAGAUGCCAAGAUGGGUCUGGAAUCCUCAUAUGGACAGCGCGGAGGAGGCGGAUCCGGAAACGGUGGCUACGAGGCGCCCGCCUGCGUGCAGAACGCCAUGAUGACAAAAGACAAGAAGCCCUUCACCUACACGCCCGGCGGCAUCGAUCUCUCCCAGAUCCGUUCGGAACGGAUGGCCAAGCGGCUGGCGCGCAACGCCCAGUCGGAGGGAGCCACCGGAGCCUCCCAACAGAACAGACCCGCCCAGCCGCAGUCGCCAGGCGGAGGAGCUCCAGGUGCCGGCGGAGCAGCCAGCUCGAUGGGAGCCGCUGCCAUGGGCAUGCCCUUCCAGGUGCUGCCGCCGCCACCACCGCCGCCGCAGCCACAGUCACAGGGUCCAAAACCAUCGGCCGUCGGCAUGGAGAGCAGCUACAGCCCCUACACACCCACUCAACAGGCGCCUCCGGUGGCCAAGAGUCCACCAGUGCAACAGCCAACGCCGCCGGCAACACCGCCGCAACAGCAGCAACAACAGUCGGAGCAGCAACCUGCAACACGACAGGAGUUCCGCAGCGUGGCCAUGCCCACAUCGCCAGCUGUGAGUGUCUACACUCGCCAAUCGGACAGUCCCCGAUCGCCUUUCGAGCAAUCGCAGCAGCAACAACAGCGGUCCACGGAGAGCCCCUUCCGCUUUGCACAGCAGCAGCAGCAGCAGCUGCAACAGUCACCGCAACAACGUCCACCCACAGCGAUAUCGCCGCUGGCUCAGGUGCAGCAGCAACAGCAACAGCAAUUGCAGCAGCAGCAACUGCAGCAGCAACAAUUACAGCAGCAGCAAUUGCAGCAGCAACAACUUCAGCAGCAACAACUUCAGCAGCAGCAGUUGCAGCAGCAACAACUGCAGCAGCAGCUGCAGCAACAGCAAUUGCAACAGCAGCAGCUCCAGCAGCAACAAUUGCAGCAACAACAGCAGCAGCAACAACAGGCAGCUCAAUCAGUUCCCUGGCGCACUCAACGCACACAGCCUGCAGCACAGCAGCAACAGCAACAGGAUUUGCAUCCGCAACCCAUCUACAACAAUGUUCAGCAGCAGCAACAAAGAUCUCGCGAUGCCUUCAGUCCAGCUAGGACUGAGGCACCAGCAGCAACCACGUUCAAUUCACAGCAGCAACAGCAGAACUUUGCAAGUCAACAAAACCAAUUUGGAGGAGCAGCAAAGCCGACCAACGUUGGCUCGCUUUACAUAGCUCCAUUGGCCCAACCCACAGAGCCGCAGGCCCAGCGAAUCCUCCUGCAGCAGCAGCAGCAGGCAUCUGCCCGGGAUUCCCCGAUGCGCCAGCUUCCACAGCAGCAAGGACCGCCGCAGCAGCCCCAAGGCAACCAGCCGAUGCGAUGGCUCAGCUCCCAGCCGGCCAGCAAGGAGCAGGCUCCCUGGGCUCGUCCCGAGGAGAACGGCAACGUCCUGCCCUCCACUUUGCGUCAGACCACUCCGGCCCCGCAGCCCCAAGUCGUGCCUCAGUCGCAGCCACAGCAGCAGCAGCAGACAUCGUUCUACCAGCCCCAGUUGGUCCAAGGAAACGGCUAUGGACCAACUCCGGCUGCAGCUGCUCCCAUCAGUCUGCAGAACUUCGGAUCACAUCCCCAGCCAGGUGGACUCCGUUUGCAGAUCAACGUAAACACCAAUGGCAGCAGCAGCAAUGCAAAUCAAAGUGCUCCACGGGAGCGUAUCAUACCCAUAACCCUAGAGCAGACCCCGACGUAUGCCGCAGCUCAGCCCAACUUUGGUGGUUACCAGAAUUACCCAGCUCAGGGCCAGCGAGUCCUGUCGCCCAAUCAGGCAGGCAGUACCAAUAACACCAAUGGUAAUGCCACCAGGAUAAUCCCAAUAGCUGUCGAGGGAGGACGCGGUGGUCCAGUUUCCCAGUCGCCGGUACUUUUGCAAAACGAUCCACGCUCACCGCCCAUCCAAUCGAAAUCGUUUAGAAUUUUGCAAAAGAUAACCGACACCGUAGACGAUGCCAGCGGGAAUGGGGAUUUGCGGCAGGAUUCGCGACAGGAUCUGCAGCAGAAUCCCCAGGAGGCCGAGUUGCAGCGGCCGCAGUUCGCCCGCCAGAUGAGCGCCCAGCAGGCCAGGAAUAGUCCGACCAUCGAGCAGAUGCGGCGCCUGCAAAUCGCCCAGGAUCAGCAGAGUAACCAUCAGCAGUCGGGUACGCCAUUAGCUUGGUCCCCGCAAGGUAAUGGCGUCUCACCUCAAAACCGAUUCACGCAACAACGAUAUGGUAAGCCCCAACAACAACAGCAAUAUGUGCCGCCAAGUGAACAGCAGGCUCCGGAACCGAAGAAAUACACCGGUAGCGCUAUACCCAGUCGAUCAUUCAAAAUUCUGCAGGCAAUGACAACACCUGAAAAUGCCGACCAUAAAAUUCGUACCGAGCUGGACUCGGAUUUGGAAAAUGUUGAACUGAACGAAACCCCAAAUAAUAAUAAUAGUAACAGCAACGGAAAUACUGAAAAUAAUAAUAAUCAUAAUAAGAUUAACAGUAAAACCAAUAAACGUCAUAGCUACACACCAUCCACACCCAUAUCACCCACCCCACCACCAUCCUGCACAGAACCCACCACCCACUCAUCAAACUCAUCCCUCAGUUCGGAUAGCUCUUGUCCCCCACAGGCCCCUCGAUCGCAAUCGGUGCCACCUCAUUAUCCCUAUGCCUAUGGCUAUCCGUAUCCCUGGUACAUGCCUCCACCUCCUCCGCCGGCCAAUGGAGAGGCAGCUCCUUGGGCAUAUCCCUAUUCGUAUCCCCCGCCUCCACCGCCACAACAAGCGGUGGAUGGAAAGCAGGCCGAGGGAUUUCCUCCGUAUCCCUAUUACUAUCCUUACUAUCCGCCACCCCUGCCACCCUACGGACAGCAGUCGGGGGAGUCCCAGUUCCCCCCUGGCUACCCUCAAUUCCAUGGCAUGCCACCCUAUGGACAUCCGUAUCCCUAUCCAGUGGCUCCCAGCUACAGCCAGAGUUCCACCGAGGAGAGCAGAGCCAGCAGUGUGCUGCCGGACAUAAUUAUCACACCCAGCACCGAUGAUAUUCCCUCGCAGGUGAUCAUGCAGCACCACAUCCGGAUGGAGCCACGAGAGCCACCGAAACGGGCGCACUCCGUCGAGAUCGAGGAGCUGGUCAGCAGGCCGAAGGCCCGAAAUAUUUGCACCAACAAGCACGAGGUCAUCGAUGUGCUGAGCCAGCGAUUGGCCAAUAUCAAUAAGAUCGCCAGCGGAAAUACUCAGGCCAAUCUCUCCAAGCAGUUGCACAAAAAUUAUGCUGGCGAGCAGGCGAAGGAACUGGGCGAAAGAUCCCCCAGCGAAAAUGCCUCCAACUCCGAUACCGAAUCGGACGAGGAGAGCAGUGAUGAGGAUACCCCAAAGCCAGGAGCUCGUCCAGCUCCCCUGCAGUCCAUCAAAUCGGUGACCAAUGUGCAGGUCUACAAGGGAAAGACCUUGGAUCAGCAUCUGGACUCCGAGAGCAGCGAGGACGAAGAUGAUGUGACCACCGCGGAGGAAAUGUCCGAUGAAGAGGAACAGAUCGAGGAAGAGCAGGAGGGCCUGGUCGAGGAAAUGGACGAUGAUUACAUUGUAGAGGAGGAUCUAAGUGUUAUCUACGAGGAGGAGAGCGAACUGGAACGGAGCAGCGAAUACGCCAAGACAGUCAUUCGAAAGGAUGACUCCAGAUCCACCAUAGUCGAUGAUAUCGAUAAGCAGAUCGAAGAGAAUGAUGAUGAAGAUGAGGAGUCCAAUUCGGUAACAGUUCGCCUGCCACUUCGAUUCUCCUUCAGUCGCAGUUCCAACGAUGAAAACAUCGCCACUGUGCAAGUGGGCAAUACCACUCAGAUCGAGGAGAAACAGCCCAGCAUCGUGAGCUCGUUCAGUGUGGCCAAAGUGGAAAGCGAGGAUGAAGACGAUGACUGUGAGGUCAGUGUGACCAUUAGUUUGUCGAACUCCUCGCGUUCCAACUCUGUGGAGAAGUCUACCAAACCGUAUAGGACCUCCAGUGCCUAUCCCGUGGAAGAGAUUAGCACACCCAUCAAAGCCAGCGAAGAAGACGUUUCUGCUUCGUUCUCCCUUGGAAUGCGAAACAAAUUCGUGGGUGAAUCAAUUGCCAAUGAUGUAACAAAUAAUAUUUCCCGAGAUAAACCAAAAGCAAAGACCGAAGAAGUUGUGGCAAGUUCGCCGAAAGAGGAGUUCGAUUUCUUUGCCACUUUGAUGGCCACCAAAAUGCAAGCCCAAAAAAUGAUGGAGCAGUCAAAGAACUUUUGGAAGUCUUCCGAUUCUAAGCCAGCAGAAUCGGCAGCUGAAACACCAAAGCUUCGACCUAAAGAAAAUAUGUCUGAGGCCAAGCCACCUAGACCCAUAUCUGGUGAUAUGUCCAAGACUCAAGCCUCGCUGGAGGCUGCCAAAAAUAGCUUCUGGUCUACAUUCGCCACAACCUCCAAGGAAAAAGAACCCGAACCAGAGGAGGAGGACCAAACUGAGGAAGUUGACUUUUGGGCUAGCAUAGAGAAAAAGGAAACCAUUGACAAAGAAGAAACUCAGUGGACCAAGAAAAAGAAAACCGUAACCUACACACCUCUGAAGAAGGAGACCCUAACUAGAGUGGAGCACUGGACAACUACACUUAGAGCUCACGUGGAAUCUUUGCCCAUUCCUCAAAAAGCAGAGAUGACUUUUGUAGUUGAAGAAAGACCAAAGGAAAUUGAACAACCCCAAGAGAAGUAUGAGGUUGAAAAAGAGGAUUUCUGGGCCUCGGUAAACCAAGAUAAGAUGGAAAACACAGUCACUGGUGCAACAUGGCAACAAACAACUUAUAGUACAGAGACCCAAAAUGAACCGGAGAUUAGCGUCUGGCCUGCUCAGGAAGAAACAGAGCAAACCUCGCAAAAAGAUGAAGAAAACGUAGACUUUUGGGCAGACAUGGAAUCCACUAACAGCUACCAAGAUGAAGAGAAACCCAAAGACUUUACGUACGAUCCUACCAAAUACCCCGAAGAGCCUCGAGAAGUGGAUACCGAUGAGGAGAUCGAUUUCUGGGCGGAGAUUGAAGCCAAACGCAAGCCAGGUGAAGAAGACGAUGAGGAUGUCACGUUCCAUAAGUCAGCCACCUUUUGGGCUCGCAAGGAACGUCAGAAUUCAGUGGAGGAGACGCCCUACAAACCAGUGGAGACCAAGGCAUUUAGAGCUAAGUUGCCCGAUGAAGCUGCUGUGGAAAUAGAUGUUUGGGCCACCUUGGAGGCAGCCAGGGGCCACGAACCCGAAAUAGUGGAUCCCGUGGUGGAAGAGGAAAAAGUUCUGGCAGAACAGUUUGAAGAAUUAGAGCACGAGAGUCCAGAGGAGGAGGAACCGAUUGAGGUUAAGCCUCAGGAAGAGAUCCCUGAUAGUAAUCUACGCCAUGUGGACACCAUGUCACUGGCAUCGAUGCACGAGCCAGCCACAGUCUACACAUGGGCUCCACAACAGGAGGAGACUAAUGACAACGAGGAUGAAACCGACUUCUGGGCGGACAUGGAGCAGGAACGAUCCAAAAAGGAACAGUUCGAGGAGGCGGAACAGAAGCGCCACAACUACCGCCAGGCCAUGGCCUUCUUCAACACCUCCAUCGAUGGUCAGCAGUCGCCACCACAACAAACUGCCAGUCCCAAUCGCAGCAGUGUUAUUCUAGAAGUGGAAGAGCCAGAGCCAGAGGUUGACCUGGGACCGCCUGGUGAGUACCAGAUAGUGGGCGAGGAUGGCGUCGUGGUGGAGGAGCACAAGCCAAUGAUAAUCGAAGUUGAGGAAGAAGAACGCGGAGCGUCAACUCCCACCAACAUGGAGCCCCAACUGCCAGAGGUCUAUGUGGAACCCGAACCGGAAAUGAAGCGUCUGUCCAACGGACUUCCUGAUCUUGCCGUCGAGAAGUUCACCGAGUUGCCCAAAAUAUCGGUGCGUGAUCGGAUCAGUGCAUUUGAAGUGAUACCAACGCCUGAUGGCUCCGAUGGCUCCAAGGGAUUGACCAAGCAGUCCCUCUCAGUGGACAGUGCCUAUGGCAAGGGAACCCUCUCGCGCAACAGCAGCACACAGCGAUCCGAGUCGGAGAUCGAGGAGGAUGACUCCGGGGUAACGGACAUGAAUCGCCAGCUUUCCGGGACGGACACCGAGUCCGAAAGUUUUCCGGAGCUGCGCAAGAUGACCAGCUACCAGCGGGCAGCCACACAUUCCAGGCUCUUCAAGCUGCUGCAGGACGAGAACGAUGUUCCGGAGGCGGGUGCCAGUCCAUCCGAUGAGUUCCAGUUGAAACCCAGUCGCAGGAAGAUAGUCCACAAUGUGUCCAUCACCAGGCGACAGAAUCCGACGGCUCUGAAUGAUGCGGAAACCAUGACGCAACGCAGGGAACGUCUUUCGUUGCCGCUUCGGAAGAAUACCAGCAUCGAUGCGGACAAUCCCUCGACCCCAAAUAGUCCGGCUUCCCCUAUUCUAGGACCCUCGGCCAAAAACCAGCGCAAGGUGAGCGAUAAGCUAGUCAAUGAACUGGUCCAGAGCCUGCUCCUUAAGAGCGACAGUUCUCACUUGAGAAAUCUGCCCAUUGAACGCCUACAGGCGGCCGCCAAGAGAGCGCUGGUGGAGGAGAUGGACUCGGCGCAGGAGAACAGCUCGCUGGACAGCACGCCGGCACCCACGCCCAAGCAGGACAAGGAGUACUCCGACUACUACAACAGCUGGUGCGAUGCCAGCGGCAGUGGGGAUGAGGUGCUGCCCCCCAAGAGCUUCCGUGCCCUGCAGGAUCCGCGUCGCAGCCCCUGGACGGUAAGGUGUCCACGGGUGCUCAGCUCCAAGACGAUCAACCGCGAUUUGGCCCGUGUCACCGAGUCACCGGAAAUAGCCAAUGGCCGGGGCAGCAAAAGCCCGGAAUGCUUCCGCCAGAACUCACACUCACAGAGUAGAGAACGAUCCGUGAGCAGUUGGCGGAGAGUCUAGAAUAGGGCAUUGGAUUGUCUAUUUAAUUUAGAAGGGCGGGUCUAUAGUCUUUAGCAGGGAUGUGAGACCGGUUCAAAAGGGAGAUAGAAUCUCUCUAAGAGGAUCUCGAAUGCGCCCCACAAAUCUCGAACGAAAUAUAAUGCGAACUUGAAUCGAUUGAGGAGAAGGAAAUCCUACUUCUGGUCAAAGGGGCUUAAGUCUGAAGCUAGUCAACUUCCGAACCGGAUUUCACUCCCGAACUUUUCGUAAAUUAAGAGUCUUCUGCAUUUUUGGCCCAAUCAGUCACUGCCCCUGGAAAUGGGUGAUAAAAGAGCCAGUUAUUGCAUUUCUCAUCUCAUCCCACCAUCAUCAAUCCCCCAUCCACAUUGUACAUUAUGAAUAUCGAAUACACUCAAUACAUUAAUAAACUAAAUCUAAUAAAACAUGUAAAUAAACCAAUUGAAACCAAUGAAAGGAAAUCGUUCAUUCGUUCGUUCGUUUGUUACCUCAGUAAAGCGCAAAACCAAAAAACCAACCAAAAUCAUUUUCUAAAACUACAUGAGUAUUUCAAAAUUUGUAAACCGUAACUCAUGAAAUCGAACCAAAUAAUAACAAGCAUAUAAAACUGAAAAAAAUCUACCAAACGCCACAAUAAACAACAAAAUAAAAACAAUUUCAUCUCAACUCAAUGAUUUUGUAAAACUCGUUCAAAAUCCUAAGGACCUGGACAAUCGGAUCUAUAAUUAUUUCUCAACGCCAUAGAAAUCAAUUAUAGCAACUCAACAGCAUCAUCAUACAGAAAACGAAACUGAAAAUCAAUCAGAUUGCUUGUUAUAGUUAUCUAGUUUAAGUACCAGACACUCUAAGGAUCGCCACAAUCAAAUAACUUGGGAACGGGAACAAGUUUUUAGUAAAAUUUCUUUACACUAACAACCAACAUUGUAGCUGAAGAGGAAAGUUUUUUUGUUAAAACGCGAUUUGGUAGCAGCACUAAAACCAAACAAAACAUUUCUAACACCAUUACGAAGCAAAUAGCGAAAGCGAAUAUAUACUAAUCCUACACAUUAAGAUGAAGAAUGCAGGUGCAAUGAGGUAGCAACGAAACGAAACAAAAUCCAAGAAAUCGACUUGAUAUGUAUCCGGAUAACACGAAAGCGCACAUCAAACACGACUAAUAAUAUAUUAAAUACUUUUGUUAUUUGCGAACAUUAUAAUUUCAUCCUUGAAGAUUAUUUUCUGUUUAUCAUCAAUAUUUAUUCAUUUACUCAGUUCGUAUGCAUACGAAUGUUUUUAAAAUUUACAUUUAUUUGAAUAUUAUUAUUUGAUACAUAUAUAAAAUAUAUUUUUGUGUUGUAUAAUUUUUUAUGAAGUAAACAUUUUUAGUAAAUAAAGAGAAGUAAAAUCAAUAAACUGAA